AUGGUUCGCGUCAAGGAAUUCGCCGUCGAGCAUUACAUGGAUGACUAUGAGAAUGUUUGCACAUACAACCUUGCCGAGACUUGCUGCGCAUCCGUGUCCCUGAACGAUCUGCGAGGCUAUGCAAAAACGCCCGACGUUGAGAUUGUCGAUUAUUCGCAGAAGCAGGUUUACGGAGCAAUCAGAGGCUCGGACGCUCUGAGAGACACCAUUGCCAGACUUUACUCGGAUGCGACAACUUCUCCCAUCACUUCUAGCAAGGUUUUGAUUACCAACGGCGCAAUUCAGGCAAACUUUCUUGCUCUGUACGCGACCGUCGGACCUGGAGACCACGUCAUCUGCCAAUACCCUACCUACCAGCAGCUUUAUACAAUCCCAGAAUCCUUCGGAGUUGAAGUCGACCUUUGGCGAUCUAAGCCUGAAGAUGGGUGGAAACUCGAUCUGGAUGAGCUUCGUUCACUCAUCAAGCCGAACACAAAGCUCAUCAUCAUCAAGUGCGUUACAUCAAGCCCAUACAUUAGCAUCAAUGCUCAGUCACUGACCUCCAGACNNAGCAACCCUCAGAACCCAACCGGAGCCGUGCAGUCACGCCAGACUUUGGAAGGAAUUGUCGAAAUCGCCCGUGCACACGAUAUCACAAUUCACAGUGAUGAAGUGUACCGGCCCUUGUUUCACUCGACCGAGGAGAUUCCCNCUUCGAUAAUUUCUCUCGGAUAUGAGAAGUGCUAUGCAACAGGAUCCAUGUCCAAGGCUUACAGCUUGGCAGGUAUUAGGCUGGGAUGGAUGGCGUCGCCAAGCCAGAGCAUUAUCGAGACCUGCGCAGCUUCCAGACACUACACCACCAUCUCUGUCAGUCAGGUUGAUGACCAAAUCGNNAGAUUUGCGCUUGGGCCUGCAUACGAGGGAUUGACCAAACGCAAUUUGAAUCUUGCCCGAGAGACUAUCGCUUUAGUAGACGAGUUUGUGAAGAAGCAUGACUGGGCCUGCGAAUGGAAUCGUCCUCAAGGUGGUACCACUGGUUUCCUCAAGUUUNUUGGCGAGCAGGGUGAACCAAUCGAUGAUGUGGACUUUUGCAAAGUCCUUCUAGAGAAGACGGGAGUCAUGCUUGUGCCUGGAAGUUUCUGUUUCGGAGACGGUGUGGACUUCAAGGGUUAUGUCCGCGUGGGAUUUGUCCAAGAGAGACAAGCCCUUGUCGAUGGGUUGGAAAAAUGGGAGGAUUUUAUGAAGACCGAGUACAAGGCACUGCCGUCCUUUUAG